CCAACCUGUUGGUUCAGGGAACAAACGACAAACUUUUACGAAUUGUCGAAUAUUUACUAUUGAAAGUGGGUACGAAUUAGUGUUUCUUUUUUGGGGUUUAAUAUAAGUGGAAAUUCUGGACUCUAAACAUCCCUUACCCUCAUCAGGCCAAAUGAAGGGUAGACACCAAUUCCGACGGAGGUUCAGUUUGCAGCCGUCGUUCCUCAAAGAGGAACCAGAAGACGACCGGCACCAUCACAAUUCCAACAGUUCCAGGGUACUUAGAUCGCAAAAGAGCGAGGAUUCGGAGUCGUUGGAUAAAGACGGUUGCGUGCCGCCCCUGAAUAACGCCAAACACAAAAUCGUCGUGAUGGGGGCGGCGAAAGUCGGCAAGUCUUCGAUAAUAACGCAGUUUCUUUACGGGACGUUUUCUUCGAAGUAUAAGAGGACGGUGGAGGAAAUGCACCACGGAGAUUUUAAUGUACAAGGGAUCCAUUUGAUCUUGGACAUUUUGGACACAUCGGGUGCAUACGAGUUUCCAGCGAUGAGGGCCCUGAGUAUAUCUUCGGCGGACGCUUUCGUCCUGGUCUACGACGUAACUGAUUCCAAUACUUUUGAGGAAGCCCGAGCUUUAAGAGACCAAAUUCACGAGACGAAAUGUUCAACCAACGUGCCCAUCGUAGUUGUCGGUAACAAAAUCGAUUUGACUGGAGACCGAGAGGUUGAUACAGCAACAACGGAAUCGGUGGUCACUGUUGAUUGGGAAAAUGGAUUCGUUGAGGCUUCGGCGAAAGAUAACGUAAAUGUUAGUAAAGUUUUCAAGGAACUUUUGACGCAAGCAAAGGUCAAAUACAAUCUGUCUCCUGCUCUCCGUAGACGUCGACGUCAGUCUCUACCCACAGGACCAUCUGGACCUGCAACUCCGUCUCACGUUGCAGCAGCACCAAUGAUACCUUCCGCCGUCCAAUUGCAACAUCUACAGCAAAUCAGAGAUAAACACGGCAAAAGGAAUUCUUGUAGUAUUUCCUAAGAAAAAGUGUGCCAUUCAUUUUUUGUAUACCAACAAUCAUUCAGUUUUUCUUUACAAUAUAAUUAAAGGAAACAUCAAUAUACCUAUUUAUAUUUAAGCACUCUUUAGAUAAUAUUGUACAUAUAGUUUUGUAAGCUGGAUUUAGUAUGCGAUGUCCAAAAGAUUUUUGUAUGUGCUUCGUUGGUUUUGAAUUUUUUAGUGGCUUAAAUCUGAUGUUGAAAACACCAAGGGCAAAGUGUUUACUAAAAUUAACUGACAAAACAUUAUAUAACUUUCAAUAAAUAUCUUCCAAAAAUAUGUAUAUUUAAGUGGAUAAGUUUGUAGAAUCUAGAAAUCGAUGGCUAGAUUUAUUUAGAUUAAAAACAACUAUACAAGAAUCUAUUUUGUUUUAACAAAUUUACAAAGUUUCAAACAUAGUUUUAAGAAGCAAUAUACAAUAUUAUAUUAAAACAAUUAUUAUUGUAAUCGAGUGUAACUUUUUCUUCUUGAUAUUUUAAUCCAAAAAAAUAUUUUACCAAUUAGUGCCAACUGUACAGAAAGCUGACUUUUUUAAUUUACAUUCAAAUUCCUAUUAUUAUAUACACAUAAACGGUGCAUUUUCAUAUCAAUAAUAUGAUCUUAGAUGUUUAAGGGAUAUUUUUAUUUUCAAUCUUCAAUAUAUAGAUAAAUCUUUUUAAUAUUUAAGACGAUAUAAUGUAUCUUUUCAAUAAAAACCAAGUCAAUUGUGAGUAUUCAAUUUGGGUUCCACUCCAUCUAACGAAAACGGUUUUUCACUCCUGGUUUUAAAAUAAU